AUGGAGUGGCUGACAAGUUUGUGUAAUGUCGUUUUUAAGACGGCGAAAAUGUCUGAAAACUGGAGGUGGAGUACAAUGAUUUCUUUGUACAAGAAUACGAGUGACAUUCGGAGUUGCUAUAACUACAGGGGGCAUCAAGUUGCUAAGCUACACUAUGAAAGCUUGGAACAGGAUGGUGGAGAUGAGGUCUAUUACAGAAGCCAAUCAUCUUGUAAGGAGACUGGUGGAGUUGUAUACCGAAGGAAGAAGGACUUAUACAUGGUGUUCACCGACUUAGAAAAGGAAUACGACAAAGUCCCAAUAGAGGUUUUCAUGGAGAUGCUCGGAGGCAGAAGUGUUUAUGUGGUGUACACUAGGGUGAUUAAGGACAUGUAUGAUGGAAUCAAGACCCGAGUAAGGAUAAUGGGAGGAGACUCAGAGAAGUUCUCAGUUGUGAUGGGGUUGCACUAG